AUGCCAUCAAAUUGCCCCGCAACCUCUUCUGCUGCCAAGCGUGACAACGACGCGUGGAUCAAUGCUACAGAGCUAUUCCAUCACCGCCUGCAGUCGAGCCCCAAGGAAGAUUGGGACCGCUUAAAACUAUGCUGGGGCUACAUGGACUGCGGUGAUUGCCACAGGAGUAAAGGUCAUUGCGGGUGGUGCGCUAUUUCUUCAACGUGUCUUCCCCUCCCGCUGGACGGUUUCUCGAGGGCUUUUCCGCUUUUGUCACCUAUUCGCCACCAUUCUAUCUGCGCGCUGGGAUCCGAGCGGUUUGAAUUGCGGACUGCGGGGUUGGGAUGUCAGGUUUCUACUAUCACUUUUUUGACGUCCCUCGUUACGAUUUUUUGUACGUUGUUUGGGGUGUUGGUGCUUUAUGGGGUUUCCAAGUGCGUUGGCUGGGUGGUUGUGGGGACUAGGGCGAGGCGUGGUGGGUGGGUUGUCUAUGAGGAUGGGAGUAGUGGGUUAUGGGUGAGGGAGAGGGAGGGGUGGGGGACGUUGUGGAGGAGGGUUGGUGGGAGGCAGAGGGAGGAGGAUGUGCUGGAGGUGGAUGAGGGCACGAGGCGACGGGGGUUCGUUUGGUGGGGUGCGGCAAGGGAGGAGAGGAGGCCGUUGCUCCGAUGA